AUGAUAAACCACAAUAGCUAUAACGAAGUUACAAUGAAGUUCAUUGUAUUCUUGAAAAAAUGGUUAUUACUGUUUUGGAUACUAUUGAUCAUUUGUAUUACUUUGUAUGCGAUAUUCAAAUUCAAAAGAAAUGAUGAAAAAUUAAAUGAGGGUCAUUUUUGGGUAUUUACUGAUGCACAUGUUGAUGCUUUCUAUCGAUCAGAUGGUGAUCCAGCUACUCGUUGUCGUAAUGUAUCAUCAGACAAUAGGGGAAGAAUCAUUCGAAAAUUUGGACAUUUUAAUUGUGAUACAUCAAGUGAAUUAUUAAGUUCAACUCUUACUGCUGCAAAGAAAAUUGAUUCAAAUAUUGAUUUUAUUAUUUGGAUGGGUGAUGCAACAAGUCAUUUAUCUUCUGGUGCCAAUACAAUUUUAGAUGUUAAUCGAAAUUUUUCUCAAGAAUUAAGAAAAAAGUUUCCAAACACACCUAUUAUCCCUGUAUUAGGAAAUCAUGAUAUAGUCUUAGACACAAAUAGAUCCACACGUUUUAUGAAAUUUUAUAAUGAAACAAAAUACAAUUUAUUACUAAACGAUGCAAAUGCUGUUGAAACAUUUUUCAAAGGCGGUUAUUAUUCGUUACGUUUCCGAACAUCAAAAGAUAAACAGCAAACAUUAUUACGUUUUAUCGUACUCAAUACAGCAAUGUUUCAACCACAGUAUAACGAUUUUUUUGAUCUACAUGAACCUAUCGAACAAAUUCAGUGGUUUAAUAAAACACUGUUGGAUGCACAUGAUAGUCAUGAUCGUGUAUUACUCCUAACUCAUGUACCAUUUGGUGUGAAUGAAAAUUUAUUAUACAAAUUUUAUGAUUUAAAAUAUGAACAAAAACUUUUAUCUAUAAUUGAUAAGUAUUCAUCAAGUAUAAUAAUGUGUUUAAGUGGUCAUCGCCAUCAAGAUAUUUUUCGUGUUUAUUCGUCAUCAAAUACAACAAUGGGCAUAAUUGGACAUCCAUCUAUAAGUCCUGUUGGUUAUUUAAGUCAACCAUCAAUUCGAAAAUAUUCAUAUAAUAGACAAACACAUACAUUGAAAGAUUACGAACAAUAUUCUCUGAAUGUCAAUGAAGCUGAACGUACACAAAAGGAUCGAUGGGCGUUGUCUUAUCGAUUUUCAUCCUGGUAUCAUCAAUCGAAAGAAAUUACAUCAACGAGUUUAUUAAGAUUAAUUUAUUUAAUACGAACAAAUCCUAUGUAUUCGAGACGUUUUCUAUUAACAAAACAUCAAACAGACAGAACUACAUUGAAAAAACAUCGAAUAAUCCAAACAUUAUGUGCAUUAACAUUAUUUAAUUUUGAUGAAUUUAUACUAUGCACACGAAUAUUAGAGAAAAAAAGUAUUCAAUAUGAUAAUAUAGAUAUUAAUAAUACAUCAGAAAAUAAUUUUCAUGUGAAUGAGCAAUUAAUAGAAUAUAGAAUUAUUUAUAGACGUGUUGCAUUCAGUUUUUUUAUAUUUAUAAUUAUUAUAUCAUAUUUUAUUUAUCGAAUUCACUUGAAAUUUUCUCACAGCGUCGUUGAUUGUAAAUAA